AUGGACAAGUCAACUACUCGACCCUAUUCUGUCGCCAUUGGCGCAUCAGAGGCUUUUGGCGAGCUUUUGAAGCAAUGCAAAGGUCAAAUUCCCAAAGAGUUUCGCUCCUAUUCCGGCAACGUCAAGUUCGCUCCUUCCAUCCAUGGGGACCAAGUCUACCUCCCGAGUCCUUGCCGAGAGCAAGAUGUCAUAGCAGCCAUCAAGGCUCUUGAGGCAUGUGCUGCUGCUGCCAUUGGUGACCUUCAUCAUGGAAAGAAGUCACGAUCGAUCAAAGUGGAUCUCGACAAGGCGGCCUGCUUCCUAAUGUCGGCUUACCUUGCUACCAUUGACGGCAAGAGCAAGGGACAGACUCCGAAGGGUUUGAUUCCAGACACCGACUACAACCAGGCUCAGUCCAUACAGUAUCGCCGACUCUCUGCGAACCUCUACGAGACCAAGGAGAAUGGCAGAUAUUACCAUAUUCAUGGCUCACUUGACGCCACUACUCAACUCCGCAUGAUCGGUCUUCCGCCUUUCAAUCCUCAAUUGACCGACUACAAGAAGUGUAUUGACACAAUCGAAGCUGCAGUGAAAAAGUUUACCGUUGCAGAACUAGAGGAAAUGAAUAACAAGCACGGACAAGCUGGUGUGGAGGCCCUCAAGUGGGAAGACUUCCUCAAAACGUCUCACGGAAAGGCCAUUUCAGCGUUGCCUCCUUUCACCGUAGAGGCCAUCAAGGCACCCCAAAUGUCGGCACCGGAGACUCCACCGCACACACCCACGGAGGGGGGAUUCCAGAGUCAUUUCUGGCCCAAGGUGCCCGCAAACGGCCCUCAGUACGCCCUGCGUGGCAUCAAAGUCAUCGAGAUGUGCCGCGUCAUAGCCGGUCCGACCAUUGGCCGCUCUCUUGCCGCGCACGGCGCCCAAGUGCUCAAGGUGACCGGUCCCAAACUUCCCGAUGUCCCUUUCUUCCAAGUCGACGUCAACACCGGCAAGCACACCACCCAUCUGGACCUUCGCAACCAGACAGAUCUCAAAACAUUCCAGAACCUCCUCGCGGAAGCCGACGUUCUCAUUGACGGAUACCGGCCCGGCGCCCUCGCCAAGUUUGGCUGCGACCCGGCAUCUCUGGCCAAGCUAGCCCAACAGCGCGGCAACCGCGGGUUCGUCUACGUGGCCGAAGACUGCUUCGGGGGAACAGGCGUUCCCGGAGCCGAGUGGGCCGGCCGCCGCGGCUGGCAGCAGAUUGCCGACUGCGUCACGGGCGUCGCCUGGGCUCAGGGAAUGUUCAUGAGUCUGGAAAAUGAGCCCAGCGUGCCGCCCAUGCCUAUGUCAGACUACGGCACCGGCGCUUUGGGUUGCGUGGCCGCCAUGGUGGGCCUGUACCAGCGCGAGACCAAGGGCGGGUCGUGGAUGUGUCGGACCAGUCUCUGCCAGUACGACAUCUUCUUGCUCAAGCUGGGGCUGCUUCCACAGCAGGAGCAGGAGCGUUUAAGAGCUGUGUUCGCAGGCCCGUUCUUCAAGUUGCGUCACUAUGACUCUGUCGACAAGGUCAGUGGAGAGGCGCUCAAAGCUAUGCAGCGCGCGUACCCGCAUCUGUUUGGGCCGGAGUUGAUGCUCAAGGCGAAGAGCAAAGGGUUCAAUGGCAAGGAGAUUCGCUGGCCGAGGGAGGCGAUCGAGGUGGGUGGACUGUUGAUUCAGCAUGAGCGUGCCUCAAGGCCAAACGGAUUUGAUAGGCCUGGCUGGCAGGGCUGGGAGACUGAUUCGAUCAUGGAUGAUGGGGUCACCAAAUCUGCCACUGUUGACCAACAACAGCAAGCUGGAAGUGGAAACAUGAACUCUGCUCCACAGCGUCGUAAUAGGAUUGCGACUGUGAACACUAUUCUCGCCACGGCCUAG